AAGGAGGAAGUUUGUGUCUUUUCCCGUCACAGUCGCUCUGCUCGCUCCUCGCUGUCAGACGCGUUCCUUGCAUUCCCGUGGGAGAAGAACCUGCCCAGCCUCGGGCUGCACCUCGACCACAUGGGGGAGUGCUGCCCGUGCUCUUGGCUCUCCGAGCUGUUGGACAGGUGCUUCGACAAGCGGAGGGACGUGGAGCCCGGUGGGAAAAACGAAUACAGCGGAGCGUCUGAGCACUCCAAGCCGGAGAGGGAGGACAUGGAGCGCGAUGUUCUCACUCCUAAUUACGCGGGUAAUGGUGAUGUGUACACGGCGCUGUGGGGCUUUGAAGCUCGGGCCGAAGAGGAGCUUUCCUUCCAGUCUGGAGACAGGUUCAGGAUAGUCAGGCGCAGUGGAGACUGGUGGACGGCCAAUAAGAUUGACCGCUUUGGAAAAGUGCUGGCCACCGGCAUCGUCCCUUUUAACUACCUGGAGCAAGGAGGAGAGGCGGUGGACGCGCAGCCAUGGUUCUUCGGCAAGAUGAACAGGUUUGAAUCUCUCAGCCAUCUCAUGUCAGCGGAGAACAACGAUGGAGCUUUCCUGAUACGAAUCAGUGAGAGUGACAACGUCAGGCAUGUGCUCUCAGUUAAGGUGAAGAACAGAGUGAAGCACUUUAAGAUUUACCAGACGGAGAGUGGAUUCUACGUGGAACAAACAUGGAGUUUCCCCACUUUACCGAAGCUCAUUGAACACUACCAGACUCAUCGACUUGCCUCUGUGGACAGACUCGGAAAACCAUGCAUCAGGAGAGAGCCACAGCCUCAGGACCUCUCUCACACCACAGUGGACGAGUGGGAGCUCCCUAAAGAGGACUUUACUUUGGAGGAGCAGCUGGGCAGCGGCUACUUCGCCGACGUUCAUCGCGGCAAGUGGAAGAACCGCAUCAACGUAGCUAUUAAAAUUCUCAAAACCAAUGCGUCUUUGAACCAGCGCGAGUUUCAUAUGGAGGUUCAGGUUCUGAAAAGAUUGCGUCACCGGCACCUAAUCUCGCUUUUCGCCAUUUGCACUUCCUCCUCCCCGUAUUACAUCAUCACUGAGCUAAUGGAGAAGGGCAACCUGCUGGACUUCCUCCGCAGUAAAGAGGGCGGGACUUUAGACCAGGUGAAUUUGAUUGACAUGGCGGCCCAGGUGGCUGAUGGGAUGGCGUAUCUAGAGGCGCACAACAGUAUUCACAGGGACCUAGCGGCCCGGAAUGUGCUCGUUGGUGAGGGAUAUAUCUGCAAGGUGGGAGACUUCGGCUUAGCACGAGUCAUCAAGGAACCAAUCUAUGUUUCAGAGGAAAAGAAGAUUCCCUACAAGUGGACGGCUCCUGAAGCCAUCACCCACGGCCGGUUCUCUCAUAAAUCCGACGUCUGGUCAUUUGGCAUUUUCCUGUAUGAGACUAUUACCUAUGGUGGAGUUCCAUAUCCAGGUUUCAGUUCAAGUGAGGUGGUGCAUCAGAUCACCCAUUACGGCUACAGGAUGCCGUCCCCCCCUAAAUGCCCUCGCCUCGUUUAUGACAUUAUGCUGUCCUGCUGGAGUGAAGUGCCAGAUGACCGGCCGAAAUUCCAAGAGCUGAAAUCUGAUCUGGAAAACAUCAACCGCUACACAGAACUUGACUAAUCCUUCCUGCUUGAGUCCAGUCACUGGAGUCCUUCUACUGGAAACAUUGCUCCUACUGUAUAUCACCAGCAGAGGGCAGCACAGACUCACAGGAAGACCAGGCUUGGACCAAAGUACGAAUAUAGAAAACACCAAAGGAUUUGAUCGAGGGGUUGGCUGUUGGUAAAGCCAGCUGCCCUGUAAUCUGUUAAGGAUUGUAAUUCCUAUAAGACUGUGGCAAACCUAAAAUAAUAUCAUAUCCAUUAUUCGACUGACUGCAUUUAAAUGCAAGACAGUCCUAUAAUGAAUAUAAAGACACAUAAGCACUUUUAUAACAAUUGUCACAUUAUAUUCAUUGUGCAUUAAUAAUGUUUAGUAAGGUUUUACACAUAUGAUGAAGGGCUGCUGUGCUGGGAAGAUGAUGUUAGAAGACGCCAGUCACCAGUUUACUUUAACAGACGCGAUGCACUGCAUUGACCAGCAACAGUAACUGGAGAGGCUGUCAUUUAAGUUACACUCUCAUUAUCAAGUGUACUGCUGUCGCCAAGCCUCUAAUGGAGAUGAGACCUGAGAUUUUUUCAGUGCUGAACGUAAUUAAAUACAGAAACAGGAACUUUACAAGUACAACUUGCUUUUCCAUGUGCUUAUGCAUGCAAGCCUAUUAAAAUAGCUUAUCAUCUUUGAUGCUCAAACUGGACACAGAACAGGAAACUAUUCUAGGCUGACAAGACAGGCACUGUUGCCAUCACAGCAAUAAUUUAAUAAGGCGUGGUUAUUUUCUAAACAUGUGGGCCAAACCGCUUUUUAUCGUGCUGGUUGUGCUCACUGUGCGCUCUACAGGGCAUGAAGAUGUCCUUGCAGACCUGUUCAUGCAGUGAGAGCAUGACUGAGUGUAAGAUGAGUUUUGACAGAUAGCUGCUGUCAUCGUAGUGGUCAGAUGAGGUUCAGGCUUGCUGGGGGAUAGCACCACUGUCUGCCAGAACUAAGAGCCCUUACUCAACCCAUGUGGACACUAUAUGCCACUGAAAGCUUAUUAAAGCUAUAAGCUAUAAGUUUUGCCAAGGGGAAAGAGAAAUUCCAGAACUUUCUGCAGAAUCAACGAAUCAGAACAACACCAUUCAGAAUGGUCAGAAACCUACCGAGUAAGAAAUAUUCACAGUGGUGUUCGUUCGCUGACAUCUGAAGAGGUCAAUGCCUUUAAAAGUAAUCUCACACAAAGUUGAUACAUAAAAUGGUUUAUGUAUAUGUUACCUGAUGCCUGAAAGAUUGUUUUAUGAUAUAGUUUUGGCCUAAAACUAUUUUUUGAAGCCAUUCACAGUGGAGAGGCCCAUGCAGAAUAUUAGGAAGGAUAUGACCCAUAGAAAACCCAAUUUUACCUUUUUUUCUUUUUUAAAUUUACCAGUAUUAUCAACAUUACAUAUAAAACUAAGACAGGAGGUUCACUGGUGGUUUUGGAUAGUAAA